AUGGGGAAAGAAAAGCAAGAAAUGCGAGCUCACAAAAGUCGACGGAAAGUAUCAUGCGUAAAUUGUGACAAGACCAUGAGCUGGGAAUAUUUCCGCAAUCACCACGUACCCACAGUUCACAAUGGCAAAAAAGUACCCGUUAAAAUUAUUUCUAAUGCAAAAGCCCCAGGAUCUUCUUCUGAUAUCAGAAACCUUUUUGCGUCGUCUCUAACUGCUGAGUAUAUAAAUUUUAAUUGAACAAUCAAGUAGCAGUAGCCAGUAAACAGUAUACCAAGGGGUGCAUGCAUUUCAUUUACUCAGGCAGGUGCCGUACAGGAUGAAAUGGAUAAAACCCGUACAGAUAAUGAAGCAGGAAAUUCAAAAGAUGCUACUGUGGUUGAGCCAGAAGUAAAUGUAAGUUGUGUGUGAGUUUAAGUGGCUGUCUCACUAAGAACCAUGCAGAGCGUUUCAGGUUGAAAAUUAGAUUUGUUUUAUAUUUUUACCAUGAACUACCUUUGUCCUAAAAGGUAUUAAACUAAUUUUAGAAUUUCUAAAUUUUUCUUUUUUUUUGAGUUAUGACGAAUUUUUGUCUGCACGUCAGCGACACUGAAAUUUGACCCCGAAAACAGCGGUCAAAUGUGUGUUAAAUUAUGCGUCAUAACUCGGAAAGUUUCGCGUCAAAUCAAAAACUUUUUUCAGCGUAUUGAGACAUAUUCUUCUUCUUUUAGAAUGUUGAAAGAAUUUGAUUGUACAUCUUAUGUUAAGCCUACUAGUCUCCAUCCAAGGAAGUCGAUAUUUUCGUUCGCCGAACAACUAAUGAUUAGGUACAAAAUUCAAACUAAAAGUUCUCAAAUGUGCAACCUACCUGGUGUCUAAAACACUUUUAGGGUUAAAGUAGAAUGCUUAAAGUUAUGUUAUUCGUAAUAAAACUUGUCGGCAAAAGGAAUAUGAAGGAAUGCAAAAUUCAUAAAUUAUGGCUAUAAAUAGCUCUAUUGUUUACCUUUGUGAUAACCGGAAACACGUUCAAGGUUGCUCGCGGAGUUUUUAUAGCGACUAAUAUAUUGCACAAUCAUUGUAUUUAUAAACUCAGAAAAGUUUAAUUCGAUCGAUGAAAUGCGACGGAUCUUUGAGGUCUAAAACGGUCAGAAGAAAUAAAGUCGUCUAGGAUUUGUAUCCCUCAUGACCGGACAGGUACAAUGCCAAUGUCGAAAAUGUGUGUUGGCGUAUCGUCGCAUCGAAUUAAUAAAUCCAUGAACUUGUUAUUAUAUUCUGUUAAAAGUUUUCCGCAUUGCCCAUUUGGCAGAAUUUUUGGCAGAAAUGCAAACCAUUCACCUCAUCGUAUAAAACGAUCUUAGUUGCAUUGACAUUGACUAGCUUCGACGUAUACUGAGAUCUGUCCUUUAUCUUUAAUCUAUACAGCAAUAAUAAUAAUUUUACAGUAGUUUGCAGCUAAAUUCGCCAUUCUGUGAAUAACUUUCAACUUCAAUUGGCAUUUUUCGGCAAAAUUUGAUUUGUCUCAUAAUAGUAGUAUAAAUUAUAGCAAUAAAAAAUACAUAACAUCGUAGUUUGCAUGCGGCGUUUUUAGUACUUGAUUUGGGUUAACGAUACUGCUCCAGGCUCACACAUGCACUCGCGGACCAAGAACAAUAGGGAUUUUACGCAUGUAAGGCGGCAACGUCAGGACGACGGCUAUCAAUACAAUAUCAUUAAUCCUAUAGUACAAAAGAAAUGAAUAAUUAGAAGUAUAUCUGGAGUUUCAGACAUCGUCCAUGCUCUGUUGACGACGGCAAAAUGCAUAUUUUCACGUCUUGUAAAGUACGCUAGCAUUUCAAGCCGUGGCAGGCGAUUUUUCUAACAGCGUUGAUCAAAAUUGCUCUGAAGGUUAAAGCCCUGUUUUACUCGUUCUAAACUGUAUUAAAUUCACAAGAAAGUAAAUACAGGACAACAUUUUCAUACAUUCAUUUAUUUCAAAACGUUUGUUUAGCCGUCGUCCUGACGCGGCCGUUGUACAUGCGUGACUCCCUAAUGACAUUUCUCGACAUGUCCAAGUUAGUCCAGUAUACGUCAAUCUCAGCAAGCAUUUUCCACAAUUUGUCCACAAGCAUUUCUCUUUGUUCUUUCGCCUCAAAAUGAAGAACACGUAAACUUACGCAUUCUCCUUCAUGAAGAACACGUAAACUUACGAUAGUUAUUUCCAGUUUCCCUUGCGUCAUUAAAGUACUAAUUACAACACUUGAAGAAGUAAAAGUAGUGUAAUACUUACGAGAUCCUAUUUGAAUUAAUUUCCCAUAAAGAGAAAAAACUGUUUUUGAUAAUGACACAUUGAAAACAUCUCUUCCUGUACACUUACGAACAGGACCCGAAUGGAGGGAAUACUGGCACGGUCUUAGCGGCAUCCAAAAUCGUCCCAAAUUAUGACGGUGGGACGGACAAAUAAACAUCAUCUUAAACUGGUCUUCGGUAAGAUUGAACAUUCCCGCGCGAAUAGCAAUUAACUCGUUCUCUCUCAAGUUCGAGUUAGAAAGAUGACAGUUUGAUAGUUGACCACUCAUAUCUUCCUUAGGCCUACAAUCAAAUACGCAACUAAUCUAGUGUAAUCCACGACUGUCACCACAAGUAAUUCCACCAACGCCAACAAAUGAACAACUUUUCUCCAUAAUCAAAACUAAACUAGUAAGCUUCUAGAAAUAUCUAAAAACGGCACUUCUUUGCGUUAAUUUUCUGUUAAACAAAACAGGUGUGGAAAUUACAAAGGACCACUGUCAUUGAUAUUAUUUAAGAAGUAAGUUUAAAAAAUACUCCAAUAAUUAUUUUUAACAAUGGCGCAUUGAAGAACAAAAACAGCUUGUAUACAUUGCGUCUGCUAUUAUUUUCUGCUAUUAUUUUCGUGGUUUAUUAUUAUUAUUUUAUAAAUUAGAGAAACUUAAAAAUUGGCUACAAACGUAAUCCCCUUGGCAUACAGACUACAGACUGUAACACAAUUUACUAACCUCGAAAUUUUUUCGACAACUCCCGAACGUUUGAUUAAAGAUUAAAUUUGCGAGAUUAAAUUGUUUGUUGAAGAAUUAACACGCGAAAAAUAAGUAUCCAGAUAUAGCAAAUUAACUAUUAAAGUUUAGUAUAUUGUUGCUUUCGUAAUAUAGCGUGCAUUCUAUUUAUGGCACACUCAUCAGUAUACAUAUUAAACAACGAUAAUAGAUUGUACAUUUAUAUGUUGGCGUGCAACUAUUUAGUAAAUUUAAUCAAGUUUAAAACGAUCAAUUGAAAAGGCUUUCCGAAAGCUUAAAAAAUUACAAGGCGGUGUUUAUAUUCAAAUAUAAGAACUUAUAAACACUAUUUUAUAUUUAAAGUAAUUGCUGAUAUAAAUUUAUAAAACCUCCGCGAGUAACGCUGAACGUGUUUCCGGUUAUCACAAAGGUAAACAAUAGAGCUAUUUAUAGCCAUAAUUUAUGAAUUUUGCACUCCUUCAUAUUCCUUUUGCCGACAAGUUUUAUUACGAAUAACAUAACUUUAAGUAUUCUACUUUAACCCUAAAACUGUUUUAGACACCAGGUAGGUUGCACUUUUGAGAAUUUUUAGUUUGAAUUUUGUACCUAAUCAUUAGUUGUUCGGCGAACGAAAAUACCGACUUCCUUGGAUGGAGACUAGUAGGCACAAAAUAAGAUGUACAUUCAAAUUCUUUCAACAUUCUAAAAGAAGAAGAAUAUGUCUCAAUACGCUGAAAAAAAAUUUUAAUUUGACGCGAAACUUCCCGAGUUAUGAUGCACAAUUUAACACAUAUUUGACCGCCGUUUUCGGGGUCAAAUUUCAGUGUCGCUGACGUCCGGACAAAAAUUCGUCAUAACUCAUAAAAAAAGAAAAAUUUAGAAAUUCUAAUAUUAGGUUAAUACCUUUUAGGACAAAGGUAGUUCAUGGUAAAAAUAUAAAGCAAAUCUAAUUUUCAACCUGAAACGCUCUGCAUGGUUCUUAGUGAGACAGCCACUUAAGUCUUUAACGAAUCCCCAAUGUCAUUAUGGCACAUUACUUAUAAAUUUAUUAAUUAUAUUUAUUAUAUACAGUGUAUAGUAGAUACACAUUAUUAGAUUGCUUCUAUUAUUUUUUCAGGAAAAUUUAGACAUUUCGUUUAUGAAUGAGGGUGAGGAACUAGGAGAUAGUUGUAAUAACAACCAACCUCAAGAUGGUGCUGAAGUAUGUUUCGAAUUAAGGACUAAUAUUACAUAAUUAUGUACAGUAUGGUAUUUUGUGCUAUGAAUUACUAAAAAGACUUAAUUUAAUAUACGUCUAUAUACUGUACCGUUACAUCAUAAAUUAAGAAACUUUGUUCGUUGUUAUAUAGAUAGCACAGGAAACACAUUUGCUAGCCUUAACUACCGUAUCAGAUGAAAAAAACGUGGAAGAUGGUCAACACGUUAACACCAUAUCAGACGAAGAAAGCGUGGAAGAUGUCCAAACCAUUAACACUGUAUCAGAUGAAGAAGACGUAGGCGAAGGGGAAAACGUUUACCAACCUACUGAGGAUGCUCAAAAAUACUCCCCAGAAUUUUUAUUGUGCGCUGCUGGCAAUCUAGAGUAUGUAGCUGUACAGGUUGCAAACUUUGGGACACGCUUGCGAGAGGCUCCUUUUCUUGACAUAGAUGCGUGUUUGAGUGAGAUAAUAUCUUCCUGCAAAAGUAUUGUUGAUUCUGUUCAACAUGUGCAAAAAGUAGCCGAGAAAUAUAUUGUGCAACAUAGUAACCACAACGACAGUUUGGACCAAAUACAUAUUUUUGAAAACCCCUCCACACAGCAUGAUCCUGAAAAGCGACCAAUAAUACUUUCUGAUGCCAACAAAAGGUAUCUUAUCAAUCUUGGUCCUUGUCAGCCGAAGUUAAGUAACUUUCCAAAAAAUUCUAACAUCAGAAAGUCGGUACAAAAUCGGUUUUCAUCAUCUUGGUACAGACAGUACCGGUUUUUGGAGUAUAGUAUCUCGAACGACUCUGCUCAUUGUUUUGUGUGUUCUCUAUUUCCAUCUGGCAUUGAUCGUCCCAAAGCUGAAGAUGCCUGGAUAAAAGGCACAAGAAGUUGGAAUAAAAUUAAGGGCAGUCAAGGAAAAGGCAUACAAGGAAAAUUGAACAAGCACUUUAGCAGUAAAUCCCAUAAGGCUUCAUUGCAAGAUUUUGUUAAUUUUUUGCCAAGGAGACUGUCAUAUUGAAGUGUUAUGGGACAAGGAAGUCCGUUCGCAGAUGGUUGAUGAUAAGAAGCUCCUGCAAGACCAGAGAGAAGUGAUAUCUAUUUUACUAGACAUUUCAAGAACACUUGCCCGACAAGGACUUGCGUUCCGGGGAAAUGAAAAUGAAGAUGAUGGAAACUUUUGCCAAAUAGUUGGAUUGAUGAGUCGGCACGUUCCUCGCUUAAAGGAUGGUUAG